AUGACAUUCCCAUACAAGCACGUUUUGCUCGUUGGAGCUACAUCUGGAAUCGGUAGAGCGAUGGCCGAUCGUCUGAUCCAGGCUGGCGUUAAAGUGACUGCGGUAGGACGGCGAAAACAGCGUCUUAACGAGUUCAUUGCAAAGCACGGCGAGGAAAAAGCCUCCGCGAUGAGUUAUGACGUCAGCGACAUUGACGGGGCUCCCCAAUUCGCCGCAGAGUCAGUUGGUGAACACUUUGAGAUGCGACAUCCGGGGAAAAUUACUACAUCGCUUCUGGCUUUAGUGCCCGCACCGAGAAUCCCGGCCUACUCGGCCGCCAAAGCUGCAUUGAACGCUUUUGUGUACUGCCUACGAGACCAGCUGAGGGAGUCAAAUGUGAGAGUGAUCGACUUGGCCCCACCUCUAGUGUCAAGUAAGUGGAUACCUCGAUUCAAAGAGAUCCCCCGAAAGUCCGAACUACACGAUUAUAUGGGCCUUGAGAAAGGUCGAGGUAUGGGCAUGCCUGUUGAGCAAUAUGCUGAAGAUGCCUAUCGAGCACUGGAGAUGGGGAGUGAUGAAAUGCUCGGUGGAAGUGUUGGACCUACGGAGGUCUUUCAGGAUUUGGCCGAUACGCGUCGCAAAAUUUUCGAUGAGUUCGCCCCAAUGCUUCGUUACGUGGAUUGA